AUGACUCCACACGCGACCUACGAAUAUACUUUACAUAACCAAAAUAGGGAUCUCCCUAAAUUAAAAGCCCCUCAGGCAGAUGACUGGAAGUUCAAGAUUUCGUACAUAACAGUGGCCAUUAAUAUAUACCUGCAUUUGUCAGCGCUGUACGGACUUUAUUUGAGCUUCACAUCAGCUUCUUGGGCCACUAUAGUUUAUGAUCUCAUUCUCCUGGAAGUGGGUAUGCUGGGCCUGAUGGCAGGAACCCACCGUCUCUGGGCCCACAGGAGCUACAAGGCCACCUUCCCUCUGCAGACCUUACUCAUGCUGUUCCAGUCAUCAGCGGGCCAGUUCACCGCUUUUAACUGGGUCAGGGAUCACCGACUCCACCACAAACACAGCGACACUGAUGGCGACCCUCACAACGCUGCAAGGGGCCUUUUCUUCUGCCACGUCGGCUGGCUCAUGGUCCAUAAGCAUCCGGAGGUCAAAAGACGCGGGGCCAGUAUAGAUCUGUCGGAUUUGUUGAGCAACCCUGUGCUGAUGUUUCAGAGAAAGUACGGUUUCUACAUCAUCACAUUCUUCACCUACGUGCUCCCGACGCUCAUCCCGAUCUACUUCUGGAGGGAAACCUUCAUCACCGCCUACCACGUGAACAUCCUCCGGACCGUCUUAUGUCAAAACUACACCUCACUCAUCAACAGCGCCUCUCACAGUAUCGGGAGAAGACCUUACGACAAAGAAGUCCAAGCUACAGAGAACAUUGCUGUGAACUUAGCUACGCUUGGCGAAGGGUUCCAUAACUACCAUCACGUUUUCCCGUGGGACUACAGGGCUGCAGAAUUGUCUAGUAAAUUUAACUGGACUGCAGCUUUUAUAGAAUUCUUUGCGUGGAUCGGAUGGGCGUAUGAUUUGAAGACGGUGGAAAAUGGUGUGGUGAUAAAAAGAGCUAAGAGGUGCGGGGAUGGGACUUAUAAACGGUUUGCAAAUUGA